AUGUCAGCUAGCACACCGGCAGAGAAGAGGCUAAAGUACAAGGAGUAUGCUCCGCAUAUUGAAGUGAGCUUUUGGUAUGAGCUCGAGCGCAGGAAGUUACAUGAAUGGCGGUUACAAGAGCCAGUUGUGCCAUUGACACUUUUUAACACACUGAACGCUGCGUCGUCUGCCACUCCUGCCAAUACAGUCUCAGUGCGGCGGGAGAGUUUAGGCAACGACGCCAUCGCCUUAUCUGCUGGAAUGAAGGCCAUUACUCCCUCAGCAACUGCCACAAAUGCAAUUGACGUGCCAUGGUCGAUUCCCACGCUUAUCACUGGGCAGAUGCAAAACUUCAACACUUACGAACAGCUACACCGUCUUUCCCGUCGGGAGGCGCUAUGGCGUGUGCUGCAGGACCUGCUGCUCACUCCACUGCUAUCAAGGCGUGGCUCUGAUGAUGAAGAGGAUCAUGAUGCUGCCGACACUGCAUCAGAGAAGGCGUGGGAAGAGAUGAACUUUGCGCUCGCUGCCCUAUUUACCUAUGUGGAUUUAAAGCAACACCGUUUCCACUAUGCUAUAGCGUUCCCCGUGCUCGACCUCGGAUCCCCUGUGUGCGUCAAACACCUCGUAAAGGGAGGCUACAAGGCUGCUGCCGCCAACAACGGCGUCACAUAUUUCCCUAGCCACGCGGCUGUCGAUUGCGUGCACGCGCAUCUGCUUGAAAGGCUGCGUCGGCACCCGGAGCGUGGGCCAAAUCCGUUCAUUGUUGCUUCUGGUAGCACAGGCAAUGUUAAUGAUGCUAAUGACGAAGUGGAAUUGUUAUUUCAUCCUUUCCUGCCUCGUUUCAUGAAGCCAGUGGAGGCGACACGGCUUGUCAUUGCGAUGGCGGACGUAUCCACCAUGGAUGAGUUCCCCGGCUGGGCUGCCCGCAACGUGAUUGGUGCGCUGCGCCUCGCCCAUCCGUCCACGACAUCUUUUGUGCUGUACUGUGUUCGCCACAAUGACGUGGCGCGUAGCGUCCUCUUUGACUGCAUCUGUGACCCAUUGGACUUUUCACUGAAGGGCGCAGCAGCAGCAGCAUCAUCAGAAGUAGGUGGCACAGUGAAGGCGGUUGGAUGGAGUGAACGUAAGGACGCUGCCUCACAUGUGCGCUGCAUCGAUCUAGGUGCCAUGAUGGCACCGGAGCGGUUGGCGGAGUCGAGUGCGCGACUGAAUCUGAACCUGAUGAAGUGGCGCAUGCUGCCGGAACUCCGCCUUGAUGAACUGGCGCGCUGCAGGGCGCUGGUGCUCGGAAGCGGCACCCUUGGCUGCAACGUGGCACGGCAUCUGUUGAUGUGGGGAGUCACGAGAAUCACUUUGGUCGACCGCGGCAAGGUGUCCUUCUCGAACCCUGUGCGACAAACGCUGUUUGAGAUGUCAGACGUUAUUAACCCACACGACGACGAGCGCAACAAAGCCAUCGCAGCUGCCAAUGCGCUUAAGCGCAUUCUUCCUACAGUGGAAGCCCACGGCGUGCCGUUGACUAUUCAUAUGCCGGGUCACCGCAUUGACGCGCCACGCGAGGCAGAGGCGAUUGCUGAAAUUGAAAAACUCGACAAACUUAUUCAGGAGCAUGAUGUGGUGUUCCUUCUCACGGACAGUCGCGAGGCACGGUGGCUUCCAACAGUGAUGGCCGCUGUGUACGACAAGCCUGUCCUUAACGCAGCGCUGGGGUUUGAUACGUACGUCGUCAUGCGUCACGGCGUUAAGCCAGGCAAAGGCAGCGGUGCCAGGCGUCUUGGGUGCUACUUUUGCAGUGACUUGGUUGCACCAAGGGACAGUAUAACGGCGCGGACGCUGGACCAGCAGUGCACUGUUACGCGACCUGGCGUGUCGGCGAUUGCAGCUGCGACUGCAUUGGAACUCCUAGCGCAGCUCUACAACCACCCUCUGGGAUUCGCAUGUCCCCCGUACACGGCAAGCGAGGUGCGAAACCCAGGGCAGAAGCAAGAUGAAAGCUCUGCUUCUGAGGAAACCAGUAGCGCGGAGUGUAUUCUCGGGACGAUUCCGCAUCAAAUUCGAGGGAGUGUUGCUGCGCAUUGCAUUUACACUCUUCACGGAUGCCAAUACGAAAUGUGCACCGCCUGCUCCGACCCUAUCUUGGAGGCGUACCGUACAGACGGUGCUAUUUUUGUGCUGCGCUGCAUUAACGAUCCACUGCACAUUGAGGAAGUCUGUGGAGUGAAAGCAUUCAAGGAGAAGUGUGACCUCGACGUCUGUGGCAGCUGGGAUUUUGACUCGCAGAGCGACUGA